AUGUGGUGGAUGCUGUUUCCACGUUGGAUCUGGUUUGUGGCCGGUGUGUGGAUUGAGCUCCAAUUGGGGGUUUCGCCUCAAAUCACCUACUUGCACGCGGGAAUGUGCCCCAACGAUAUGAACCCAAACUUGUGGGUGGACGCCAUGAGUACUUGUACGCGAGAGUGUGGAUCUGAUCAGGAAUGUGAAUCCUUCGAAAAGUGUUGCCAGAACGUGUGCGGGAAUCGUAGUUGCGUGGCGGCCCGAUACAUGGUCGGGCAGAAUGGGCCCAUGAGUAUGCCCAAGCAAGCUACCUGCGCCAGCUUCAUGUGUACCCAACAAGGGGCAGAGUGCGACAUCUGGGACGGCCAGCCGGUGUGUAAAUGUCGGGACCGCUGCGAGAGAGAGCCCCACUUCACGUGUGCUUCCGACGGCAUGACUUACUACAACAAAUGCUACAUGGAUGCUGAAGCGUGCUCCAAAGGCAUCAGCCUCUCUGUUGUCACGUGCCGCUUCCAACUCACUUGGCUGAGCACCAGCCCCGCCUCGCCCUUGGUGACCACUCUCCACCCGACGACCACGCCGUCGCAGGUGACCGCCCCGCCUCCUGUCGAUCCUCAGGCACCUCUGGUCGUGAGCGCCCCGCCUCACCAGACUGUAAAUGUCGGCGACACAGCCAGCUUCCUGUGUGAUGUAACUGGACAUCCCCCACCUGAAAUCACAUGGGAGAAACAGCUCUCUGAGAGCGUUAAGAAAGUGGUCAUGGGGCGCAACCACGUGCAGGGGAACAUGGUGGUCACCAACGUUGGCCAGCUAGUCAUAUUCAAUGCCAAAAUGCACGACUCGGGUGUCUACACCUGUACAGCUCGGAAUCCGUCCGGCGUGGUACAAGCCCACCACCCGCUCAUGGUGCUACCCACAGAGCCACCAAAGAGUGUAGAAGCUUUGAACUUCACCCGGUGCACUUCUGAAGACUGCCUGAAGCCCCCUAACACCCCUGUGGUAUGCGGGAGUGACCUUCAGAAAGUGAAAUGGUUGUUCGACUCCAAAAGCAACAAUUGCAUCUCUUUUACACACUGCCAAACCAGCGGCCAACAGCUAAGGAAGUUCUUUGAGACCUAUGACAAGUGCAUGGAAUGCUGCGGUCCUGAGCUAGCAAGCCCAUGCGAACUCCCAAGCCUUCAGGGCCCUUGUAGGGCCUACGAACCACGUUGGGCCUACAGCAGCAGCCUGCGGCAAUGCCAGUCAUUCAUCUACGGAGGCUGCGGGGGCAAUGACAACAACUUCGAAUCCAAAGAAGCGUGCGAGGAGGUGUGUCCCUACCCGAAAUACCUCAACUGCAAAACCUGUAAGCCAAGAGGCAAGAUCGUGACCAGCUUCUGUCGUAGCGACUUUGUCAUCCUGGGACGCAUGACCGAGCUAGUAGAGGAGAAAGACUCAGGCCACGCUCUGGUCACUGUGGAGGAGAUCCUCAAGGAUGAGAAGAUGGGCCUCCGUUUUUUUGGGACGGAGCCUCUGGAGGUGAACUUCAUCAACAUGGAUUGGAGCUGCCCGUGCCCCAACAUCACAGGGGCUGCCUCCGAGGACCAGGUUAUUAUAAUGGGCAACGUCAGCGAAGGCAUGGCCGUGCUGCAGCCGCACAGCUACGUGGGCGCUUCCAGUCCUCGUCGCAUACGAAAACUUAGAGAGGUCAUCUCCAAAAACACGUGCGAUAUUCUCAAAGCCAUCACCAAUAGUCCUCAAUAG